AUGGCGAUGACGGCUUGUUAUUCCAAUUACGCCGAUUUGGCACCGACGCAUGUUCAGCAGCAGCAUCCGCAACAGCAGCAACAAUGCUUUGCUACCAAUGCUGCCACGACGGUUUUGCAACAGCAACAACAGAUGCAACAGCAUCCCCAACAACAAACUAGGAUACAACCCGUGCAACAAAAGGAUUACAGUAUACCGUUGCACGUCGAUUGUAGUGUAGAAUAUGAACUUCCGAAUCAGGCCAAACCGCCGGCCGGUUCGCGUGUCGAGCCGCUGCUCAUGAUACAUCCAUGCUACUUCCGCAAAAUGGAAAGUCAAAGGCGUAGUCCUUUCAUCAAUAAUAUGCCGCCGGUUACGAAUAGUAGUCGUUCGUCGAGUAGUUCAAACGCCGCAGCGGCCGCGGCUUCGAGCAGGAGACGUGCUGCGGCGGUUCAGCAACAACAAUUGGUUGCGCAACAACAGCAGCAGCAACAACAGCAAUUGUCGCAUCAACAACAAUUGUCACAACAGCUGUCGCAGCAACAACAGCAGCUCGCUCAGCAACAGCAGCACCAUAUGUACACGCAACAGCAACAGCAACAACACCAAGCAUCUUGGGAACAACAGCAACACGUGGUUCCCGCUAUGCCCGCGCUCGUGCCGAUCGCGGCGGGCGCACAAGCCAUGUCGAUGUACAGCAAACCCGUAGGAAAACGUGAUCUUAUGCUGUCCGGCGGCUUGAGUUAUACGACGGAUACUUCGGCUGUUGCGACGGCGUCUAGUAUACCCGGAGUGCAUUGGGAUGCGGAGAGGAGUCCUUUGGCUGCGAUACCGCGGGACUAUCAGCAGUCCGGUCCUGAGCACGCGGCCACGGUUCAUCAUCAGCAUCAGCACCAUCAUCAUCAUCAUCAUCACCCGCAGCAUCAUCCGGAAAAACAUCAACAACAUCAACAACAGCAGCAACAACAUCAGCAGCAGCAACAGCAACAACAACAGCUGCAGCAGCAGCAGCAACAGCAGCAACACCAGAAUACGAUACUGUCGGGCAAAUAUCGGCAAUAUCUGCGAGCGCAUCGCCUACAUCCGUACCUGGAGCGCGCGGCCGCAUUUCAACCACCGCCUGCACUGCAGCAGGUCUCAUGUUACAACGUGUGA